AACUUCUGCAUGCACUUCCUUUUACCACAAAGAAGCCAAUAUAUUUGAAGAGCAGUGGCAGUCUGUCACUCGAGAUACUUGUUCUACAUUUAACAACCAAAAUUUUAAGUUGCAGCAUGGAUCCACAGUCAAAAAUACUGUUCUGCUGGAUUUGUCUUCAAGCGAUCUUUGCCUCUGUUUUUUCGGAUGUGUGGAAGGCAGAAGUUGUCUCUUCAGUGGAGGCGCUGGUCUCAUCUUGUGUCGUGUUGCCUUGUAAAUUUAGUUACCCUGGCACUCGAUUUUCUGACUCUCGGAUAAAGGGAAUCUGGCACAAACAGACAGACAGAAAUGAUCGCAUUUAUGAUGAAGAUCAUCAUUUGAUUGGAGACAACUUCAAGGGUCGCACAAAGCUAAUUGGCCGAUUGAGUGAGAAAAACUGCUCCUUGGAGAUCGAUGAUGUGAAAGACCAUGACGACGGCCCAUUCUGUUUCAGAACUGAACUCCCAGCAGACCAAAAAUUUUCUUUUGUGGAGAAGUGUGUGACCAUCACUAUGAAGCCUGAACCUGACCAGCCAAAAGUGGAACAUGAUGAAUCUUUCACGGACGGAGCAAUUGCCAUCUUUAAGUGUUAUGUCAGACACACCUGUCCCACACACCACCCAACUAUUGAAUGGAGUCGUCAAGAGCCUAAACCCCGUUUGUCCUAUAAGGAUAAUGGCUAUGGAGUUUGGGAGGUGGAGUCCCUCCUGAGCUUCACUGCCAAAGAGGAAGACGAUCACGCUGAUAUCACCUGCACUGUCACUUUCCACGGCAACAAGAAAUCUGCAGUCACUAAGAAGAUAUUCAUAAAACGUAAACAAAAUAUCUUUCACAUCAUUAUUCCUGUGGCUGCUGUGCUCGGAACCAUCGUUGUAUUUGGAACAACAUGUUUCUUUGUGACGAAGAGAUACAAGAGACAGAUCCAAGAGCUCCAAUCUAGAAAUCCAAAUGGGGUAUGGAGUCGUCUCUCCAGAAUGUCUCGCAGGGUCAGGUCAGUGGGAUCGAUGAGGAGCAGGAGAGACGGAGCCUGAUUCCCUCAGAACUAAUCUAAGUAGACUCAUCUGUUGCCUGUUUUUGUAUAUACACUUCAAUGGGGAAAAGAAAUUUAAGAGGCAGGCUUAAUGUUUGAUAUGUAAGGCUGGGAAUUUAUUUGAAGUGAGCACUCAGAUUAAUCAUAUGUACAUAUGAUUAAAACACACACACACACACACACACACACACACACACACACACGCACGCACGCACACACACACACACACACGCACACACACACACACACACACACACACACACACACACGCGUUAAGAUUAUUAGUAGGGUUAUCUUGUGGCAGGCCAGUCCUCAUUGACAGACCAUCUCUUAUUCUUUAUAAACUUUUGUCAUGAAAUGGUUUUUGAAACUUGACAUUUCAAUUUGAAGAAUGUGUAAUCAUUUAUUUCCUUUAACAAAAAUUGGGGAAUGAGAACUUGACUCUAAUGUCAUCAUACGCAGUUUUUUGUUUGCGUAAAAAUGCAAAUGAGAAUGAACUAUUCCCAGGCUGAAUGACAUAAUGAUUUAUGUGUAUUUCAUGACUGUUUUUGUUUCUUUGUUAUAAGAUCUGUUACAUUUGUUGUUUCAUGAAAAAAACACAGACCUCAAGAAAUAGCCGGGGCAGUUUGGCAUACAUGAAUAAUGUCUUAAUAUGAAACACCUGUUUCUGUCAAACACUCACUCAAAGGUACAAGAUCUUUUACUAAUAUAGUGGUGAUAUAGUGGGUAUCAGUGUUAUAACUGAUCCUUUUUGAAAUCAGUACAUAACAAUAUGAACAUCUGUGCUACAAUCAUAUUACACCAACAUGAAUAUGAUAGUAGUUCCAUCUGUAAGUGGAAAUAUUUCUUUAACAUUUACAAAAGAGUCCGUGCUUUGUAGCAGUCAGUGAGUUUUCUCACAAGGGAAGGUCUUCAGGACAGAGAACCAGGGACAAAGAACUGAAAAAUUACACUUAAGUGAAAGUAUGGAUAAUGUGUCAUAAUCUUAAAAGCAAUUAAAAAUGGAAGUGUCCAGCCAAAAAUAUAAUGAAGUCAGAGGAAACAACUUUCAACAUUUAAAUAUACACAAGUAUUUUUUUUUACAGUAUUAAAAUAUCAUGUUUUCAUAUUUAACGUAAAACUUAUUACUUAUCUAACACUGUUAGAAGAAGAUUUUAAUUUUAAAGCAAUUACACAAUUUUUUCUGAAUACAUCAUUUAAUCUUUGCAAGUUUGCUGGACAUAUGCAUGAUGAACACUAUAUAGUUUUCUAAUGAAUUCAUCAGAAGUCAAAUAUCCUGUAAAAACCCAGUAUUGAAUAAUUGGCAAAUCCUUAUGAUAUGAAAACAUCAGUCUGCAUCACACUGCCCUGUCAUUAAUUAUCUUCUUACAACUUCAUGUCCUAUUAUGUUUUAUUUUUUACUUGUUGUUUAAGUUAGUGGCAAGCAGCAGAACAGUGCACAAUGACAGAUCCUCAGACUGAUAAUCAUACAACCAGGCAUGGAAAAUUCAUGAAAAAGUGAAGUAGGAUUAAUAAUUUGCCUUUACUUAGUAUUCUUAGAACUGUGAGAAAACAUUGGUGACAUGUAGGUUUUUUUUAAUGGUCUUUUUCUGUUCCUUUUUUCUGUUCCUCAUUUAUUACAAGAAACCAUAGCUCUUAACUAAAACUGCACAAUGAAUUAGUGUUUAUUGUCCUUCACUGUUUAUUUGAUUUAUCAUUUUAAUCAAUAGAGUAAAUAUGGAAUUUAGUAGAAUGAUUAAAGAUAGCCUUACCUAAGGUAUUAUAUCAGAGGAGAAUACAAGCUUUCAAACCACCAGCUGUCCAAAAUGAAAAGCUCACAUUACUUAUACUGUAGACAGCUAUUUUGCAAAGAGGACUGGAGCAUCUCUGAGGAUAUCUUUCAGUGAAUUACUAUGAUGCCUGCUCCUGAAAACCAAAUAAAUCUCCUUCCUAUUAACUAUGCAUAUAAGGUCACAUGCCACUUCCUUAAGUACUGGGGAAGGAAAGCUGGAAUUGUUAGUUUGUUGAAUUAUAAAUAAUAAAAAGCUAAACCAAAGACAACCUGAAGAAAUACCUUUAAUGGCCUAAUUUUUUUUUUACCCAAACCUGACUAUUUAUCCGUUACUGCUUUAUAGGAGCCAUGGAAGAAGGCAAGAGCCUGAAAUGAGUGUUGCCACUAAGUCAAACAACUGUGUAAGUGCUGUGUCAGGAACAGCGGGAUUCUCAAAACCCCGCUUUCCAUCUCCAAAGAGUGAAAAAAAAGGCUACGACAAAUCUGGUGGCAGACAUACAGAUAGCUAUGAUGAUGAUUACACCAACGUGGGUGACCUCAAUGUUUAUGGGAAUAUCUGAUGACAGUAAUUCUUUUUUUGUUUGCUUGUGUUGUUUUUGCUGUUUUUUUUUAAAAUGUGAUUUUCUUUUUAUGCUUAAUGUGUUCCUUGGUGUUUAAAACAUUCUGUUGUAAUGAGAAUCCUAUUCAUGCUUUGUAUGGGGAGUUUGUUAAAUGAGGAAGCCAUUGAGUCUUCAUACUGUAUGUUGGCUAUGAUGAGGAUAUUUGCAUAUUGGAAAGGUCCGCUGAACACCAACUUCAUCACAGAUUAUACUAUUUUUACAUUUCAGUAGGUAGGGUUUUAGUUCCUUUUACUAGUUGGUGAUUAACCAAGCAUUGUGUAUGCCCACACACUUAUUCCAUGAAGAUGCCCUUCUAAGCAUAAACUGAUUAAAAAAAAAAAGUAAAUAGAAAUAUGUUUAGAAUUGGACCUGUCAUAUUUUAUGAAUUAGGAUAAUGAAUACACAAAUGAACUUGUGAUUUCAUUACAGUAAAUAAAGGCUUACUUUGGAAAAAAAAGAAGAAAAAGAUAAAUGCACUCAUUUAUGGAUAUUAUGUUUAAUUGAUUUGUAAUUACUAAUUAUAAAAAUACUGCUGUGGUUUCUUUGUUUUUUUGGCUGUGACCAUUAAAGUGUAAAACAAGUAUUAA